AUGCGGACUACAAGAGAGCUCCAAGCCGAGCUUGAUGAGCGUCAGGUCGUUGACCUUACCGACAAUGACAGUGGUGUCAACUCCGACGCAGACAAUAGUGCCUUCUCAGACACUGACGAUGGCUUCUUCAACCGAAACAGGCUCACUGUUAUUCAACGCCGCAGGAAGAAGAACAGGGCUCAACGACGCCAGAUUCCAGGGUUCAACACGGAUGACGAUAGUGGUAACAACUCCAACACGGAUAAUGAUGGGGCCUUCAGCGAUACCGAUGACGGUCUACCCAAUCGCAGCAGACUCCCCGCUGGCCGACCUCGACGGGUCAAGCGUUCUGAGAAGCGCCAAAUUCCGAUAUUCACGGACGAUGAAAGUGGGAAUAACUCCAAUACUGACAAUGGCGGCUUAUCGGAUUCCGACGACGGUUUCUUCAACCGAAACAGGCUUCCUGGAGCUCGUCGUCGUGUCGUGAAGCGCGCGGAGAAGCGCCAGAUUCCCGUAUUCACUGACGGCGACAGCGACGCCAACACCAACACUGACAACGACGGUUUGUUCUCGGACUCCGACGGUGGCUUCUCCAAUCGCACGCGAACUGGGGUCAGGCGACGUCAUGUGAAGAGUUCCAGGCGCCUCGGGAUUGAACCGAGAACAGAUUCCGAGCCUGACAAUAAGGGUCCUUCCCAGGAGCCCGAGUCGGAAGAUGAGGCCAAGCCCUCCCAGAGUGUCGGGCCACCCGCCGAAUCGCCGUCUCCAGUAGUUGGCCCGGCCCCUAUUUCGUCGGCGACAGACCCUGUGCCGAACGUUGGUGACCCAACUUCGGCGGCCCCUCCUGCAGACACACCUGCCCCAAUCCAGACCCCCAUCGUGAGCGCACCAGAAGCACCUAGUACCAGCGAAGGAGUCGGCCCAACGCCCACUUCUGACGCGGUUGGCCAGAUCACAGGCGGGACAUCCACUGGCCCUACUCUUAACCUACCCGCUUCAACCAACAUUGGUACCGGCGCCGAACCAGCUGGAAAUGCUCAAGACAUCACGUCCGGCAACUCUGGCAGUGGCAUGAGCCGUGGUACGGCGGUCGGUAUCGCCUUCGGAACGAUUGGUGGCCUCGCACUCAUUAUUGCCGCCGUAUUCUUCUUUAUAAGAUGGCGCAAACGACGGCUUGACGACAUCUUCGACCAGCCUCCCCCAGCAGGGCUACAACGCACCAACCCCCGCACGGAUACCCUAGUCAUGGACAGGGCCAUGCGCGCCGUAUACGCCAACGAGCUCGGCCCAGACGACAAACUCUUUGCGGGCCAGGAGACACUCGAUCAGCGCUCCCUUGCCGAGAGAGAGGUUGAUCAGGCGCACAGCCCGGUUGACCAGCCUGCGACCGUCCUGCCUGUGCCUUUGGAUAACGCAAGCGGUCGUGGGAGCGUCUUCCGAAACGUCAACGGGUGGUUGCAAAGGACGACAAGUGCGCUUUCGCAGAGACGGGACUCUAUGCUCUUCUUUACACAGCCGGAUGCGCAGACAACAGGCCCCCCUCCGGUGCACCUUGGAGGAGGAGGCAAAUAUAGGUAA